AUGAUCAAAAUUCGUGUAGCGUGCUUAGUGAUGUUCGCAGUCCUGCAGCGGAGCGCCGAGAGCCAGCAAGACGUUAUUAUAGAGGAAUCUUCGUCCAUAGAAUCUGUACAUGCUGCGCUAGGGCGGGCGGCGGAGUUGCCCUGUGACGUCACGCCGGCAAUUGCCCAUGACAGCGUCGCAUUGGUCAUUUGGUACAAGCAGGGACACAACACACCUGUGUAUACUUUCGACACAAGAGAUGGCGUUGACACGCACUGGUCGGAUCCAGCUACUCUCGGUUCCAGAGCCUCAUUCCGAACCAGCACUACACCAGCAUUACUUGUACUUACUAAGAUAAGACCUGAAGACAGCGGUCAGUAUAGAUGUAGGGUUGACUUCAUAAAGUCACCUACCAAGAACACAAGGCUCAACCUCACUGUAUUGAUACCUCCGGAACGGCUAGUGAUACUGGACCAAGAUGGAGAAGAGUUCCGUGGUGGGGCAAUGGGGCCUUUCGAUGAAGGGACCAGAGUCAAUCUUACUUGCGUGGCUAUUGGUGGUCGCCCCGCAGCUAGAGUAUCGUGGUGGCAGUCACACGCACUCUUAGCCAACUCUGAGUCGAGGGCAUCCGUCUCUUUCACACUACAGAGAGAUUUGUAUCCUGCAACUCUCACUUGCCAGGCUGUCACUGACCCUUCGAUAUCACCGCUGUCGGAAAACAUCACUAUUGAUAUGAAUCUAUAUCCUCUAUGGGUGCGUAUAAUUGGUGGUGCCAGACCGCUGGUAGCGGGAAGAGCGGUGGAAAUAAUAUGUCAAGCAGUUGGCGCUCGUCCUCACCCUACAAUAUCAUGGUGGAAGGGGGCUACUAGACUCCAUACUAUUCGGGAAAAGAUAUCACCCGACGGCAACGUGACAAGUAGUAUCUUGAGCAUAAUACCGACAGUCGAAGAUUCGGGUCGAAUAAUCUCAUGCAGAUCUGUUCAGCAGAACCUGAAGCAUUCCGUUCGAGAAGAUGGAUGGAAGAUGGAGAUACAACAUGUACCCAUACCGAAACUUAAGUUGGGUGCCAAUUUAGACCCUGACAAUAUAAUGGAGGGGUCGGACGUGUACCUGGAUUGUGACGUGCGAUCGAGGCCGGAUCAUGACCACGUAUAUUUUACAUAUAAUGGGGUGAUUGUAAAAGGCAGCGGUGGAGUGCUCGUGUCUCGUCAGAGCUUGGUGCUACAGGGUGUUUCGAGACAGCGAGCCGGAGCAUAUGUGUGUGUUGCACGGAAUUCGCUUGGGGAGGGCAGCAGUGAUCCAUUACAUCUUGAUGUUAAAUUCCCGUGUGCACAAAAAAAGGACGGCGUGGCGCUGCGGGCCGCCCGAGGAGAGACUAUGUCCAUAAAAUGUGACGUUGACGCUAAUCCUAUGCCAUCGUCGUUUAGGUGGUGGUUCAACAGUUCAACAUACACUGAGCGGGAGCUGACUAGUAGCAAUGGAAUGUCCACAGAUGCAUAUGACUAUAGGGUGAACAGUUCAUCUGAGUAUGGAUGGGUCCAGUGCGCCGGAACUAACUCGGUGGGACGUCAGACUGAGCCCUGUAUGUUUCACAUUUUACCUGCCGACAGACCAUCGGCAGUGCAGAGUUGUGACAUUAGCAAUGUUACACACGAGUGUUUCUUGAUCGAGUGUAACCCGGGAUAUGAUGGCGGACUUGCGCAAGAGUUCAUGUUACAGGUAUUCAUCGUUGAAAAUGGAGCGCUAAUAACGAACAGGACAGGCAUGGCAGCACAAUGGAGGGUCUGCAACGUGUCUGGGGCGCAAACUGUUCGCGUGUCAGUUUACGCGUAUAACAGAGUGGGACGCAGCGAACCCCAUACGGUCACUGUUGGGUUACUGGAACAUCCGCAGCGGCAUACGGGUAUUUCGUCAGUCAGUGUACAACUAUCGGCCGUGCUGGUGUCGGUACUCUGCGCUGUGAGUGUACUUAUUUGCGUCGGCACAUUAGCAACGUUUGCAUUGUGCUACCGGCACUGUCAGCCGAGACGGGGAGAAAAACCGGAAAAAGCGAAAAGCCGCGACGAAUCAACCAAAGAUCUCCUCGAAGACAAAUCAGAGGCGAAAGACGAGAAACAUUCAGACACAAACCCAGACAUAAUACCAAUAGAAACCAAGAACAUCGCCGUGACAGAGACCGCGCAACCGUUACUUUCUCACGGGCAUUGCUGUGACCGGCCUAUUUGCGACCAAUAUGUAGUUCGGCCUAUGCAAUAUCAUGUGCAUCCAUACAACAUUGAUGCAAAUACACCGAGUUUGAGUCUAGAGCCGUUGGAAUUAAGUUAUUUGCCCACAGAAUAUCGAUUGCCGCAUGAUAAGGUGUAUGAAGACUGGCUGAGGUAUAAGAACGCUUUGCCCAUGGACACAAGUAAUUUGCUCCCACCACACCAACUGACGCCCCAGCCGAAUUCAAUAUACAGCAGCAUCAAGCGGAACCCCCUUAAAUUGGUCAAAAUGCCGGAACUGGAUCCAUGCCGACUGGAGGUGUCGAAUUAUCAACGAUACUCACCGUCGCUACAAUUAAACCCCGAAAAUAAUACAGCAAGAUUCAAUAAUACACAAAUGAAUGAAGCACAGCCAAUCAAUGGGAAUGAGACAAAUUUCGCUGCGUGGUUCUCCAUUGAAAACGAUUACAUCACUAAUCCAGGGGAUUUCACAUAA